CGGCAAUCCAUUCGGUGAAUAGUCGGCAACGGAAGCACAACGAAGACUCGGUACGUCUUCCUUUUCCUGAACGAUCCUCAUUCCCUUUCCUACGCUCGUGCGCAGUGUUUCAUCUACUCGAAGGAUUCUUCUCGAGCAUUACUGGGCUAUGCUAUCAACGCUUUGAUCAAGGCAGGAAAUUAUAAUCGGACGAAAAAGUGAGUGCAGUGCUGUGAAAAUGUCCUCCGUCGAGACGCAGGUGCACAGUCCGAUUGAGGGUUGUGACGGUGUGCAUGGGCCAGGCCCUAAAGCGACCACCAUUCUGCAGCUGGCGAUGGCCGCUCUUCAUCUCACCAAAGCAUCCGUUCCCGAUAGCAACAGCAUUGGCCACCAGCAGCGUCUACGCAAACAGAUUACUCUCAGUGAGGUUGCUUAUCAUGAUUCGUUCGAAGAUUGCUGGAUCGUGCUGUACGAUCGUGUGUACGAUAUCACCAGCUUUCUGCGCUUGCAUCCCGGUGGUCACGAUGUGCUGGUGGAGAAUGCAGGACGGGACGCAACGAUUGCCUUUCUCAACGCCGGACACUCCAAGAUGGCACUCAUGUCGCUGAAAUUGUACGAGAUUGGAGAGUUGCCACCUGACGAGUGCAUCUAUCGAUGCACUGGCAAGCUGACGUUGACCCAUCUGCCAGAUUAAGCACAAACUCCUUCACCCGCACAAUCGGCAGCCUUCUCUAGCAGCAGCAGCAACCCAUUUCACUGGAUGGGAGAGAUCAGUAUCCGCACGGUUUCACGGAUCGUUCUCCCCUCUAUUUAUUGCAUUUUCGUUUUGUCGCUUAAGAUGGUACGAGAGCUUUAAGUAUAGCAUAGAUGAGACAGUAUUUAAGCAUCAAUCACAUAUUACAAUGCCCGCCACCACCGUCGCCAACGGGAUGAUAAGUUCAACCAUA